UAUUCCGAUAAAAAAAUGACCAACGAGGUAAUCAAAUUUGACAUCUUCCUUAGGCCAUGUAACAUUGUAUAAACUGUAUAUUAGGGAGUGUCUUUUUAGAACGUAUUAAGCUAGGAAUAACCUAGCUUGCCUUCAUUCAGACUGUUAACAUGUUGACAGGUCGAUGUCUCGUUCGGGGCCAGAAAAUACUACGGACCGUGGAAUUAUACGGCCCCGUUUGUUGGCAAAUACAAUCCGCUUUGCCAUAAUACGUACCUUCCAUAUAUCGAAAAUAAUUAGCUAUUAUCAAUCAGAAACAAACUCUGUUUUCCGAGGUUCAAAAGUUGCCGCAUAAACAACGCAAUUUUAACGAUUUUUUGCCAAUUUCUUGGUUAUAUGCAUCAUCGGAUACAACUAAUCAGGUCCAAUAAGUAAUAUGUAAAUUGAAAAUAAUGUGCUAAAAUAUAUUUUCAUAUUUUAUUAAUCAGGUUUCAUGUGGUUUAAAGUGUUUAUUCGUGUUCAUGCUAACUCAAGCUUAAAAAUAAGAAAAAUAAGAAAAAUAAAAAUUGAUAAGGUUAGUCUCGGUCCCUUUCAUUUCUUCGUUGUUUCUUCUUAACGAUUAAUAACACACGCACACUCAUUACAUGACACCUAUAUAAUUUUUAUUUAAACCAAUACAUAACAAUUCAUGGCACAUAGAUAAUAAAACGCCUUUUCAUGUCAACAAAUAACAAUUUAUCACAGUUUAUAUAUUUGCCGGAUAUUCUUAAUUUUAGACAAAUCACAUUUAUAUCGGCAGAACUAUUUACAAUUGAUAUUUUCUUUUUAACCACUUUAUCUUUGUAAAGAAAUAUAGCAAUGAUCGAUCGCUUAAAUGUCAACUAGCUUUGUGUAUGGUUUAAUGGCAUUUAAUUGCAUUAAACCAAAAAACUGCUAAAUAUGAAUAUAUAAUAAAAAAAACUCACCAUCACAUUUACAUCAGUAGUUCUUCAUGACCAUAUAAUGGCAAAUGCAAUAUACGGUCGGUCAUUCAAUCAAUCAAUUAAUUGAUCAAUCGAUCAAUCAAUCAAUCUAUAUAGCAUAUCCCAUAUCGAAAACGUACAUAUCGAAGCUCCACACAGAAUGCGUCAUGGAAUCAAAGGAUAAAAUUCCAUGACAUAAUUUGCGUAUUAUGAUAUAAAACAUGGGUGUAUUUUGUGUUUGAGAUGUAAUAGGAAAGUGUGAUUCUAUCAAAAAACAUUUAACAAUCCGUUUCUUUCAUGUUGUUUUUUCUCUCUUGAUGGACGGCAGCGUAUUAUUCUUAAAUUGUUUCUUUUUUUAUUUUGUUUUCAGGCCACACAUUCACGUUGGACAUACAGACAGUGGUAUUGAAGUUAAAAGCCCAGAAAUAGGCAAAACAGGAAAUCUUCCACCUGGGACCAACCAGGUUGUACUCCCUAUUACAGGGAAACAACUUGGAAAUAAAACGGUCUGCGUACAGGCACUGCCAACCACAGGGACUGGACUUGACGAACACUGUUUUACAGUGCAUAUCACGAACCCAGGUUCAACGCCAGUCGUCAGUACAAGUAACCCACAUUUCAAAAUACCGACACUUCCAGAUGGAUCGACGGUAUCAUGUGAUAUCAACAAAGCCUGUCACAUGAUCUUACAUCAAACACCUGACCCUGUAGCGGGAUGCCCCUCUGUCACAGCCGAUGCUAUUCCUGGUGGUCUUCAUGUUAUGAGCCCUACUUUACCAACAAACGGAGAGUGUAGAACGGACGUUUCCUUCACUCCGAGUGGACAAGGGGAUAGGCAUAUCUGUCUGACGGCUGCAUUGCCAAGCGCUACAGGUGAAAAGCGAUGUUACAAUCUACAUGUUCCCGUAGGAUCUCCAGCAGCAACGCCCUGUGAGAGUCAGAACUGCCAACAUGGUGGACUAUGUACAGGUGAUCCGUCAGGUAGUACCGCCACGUGUUCCUGUGCCGCCGGGUACUCUGGGACGGACUGUAGUACAGUUGGAGCUCAUAAUGUCGGCGAUACGGCUGGAAAUUCGAUACAACCGAGUGCUGGCUCCCCUCCUGUAGUUACCGACACCGUUGUGCCCGAUACCAUAUCAUGUGUUGUCAACACCGUCUGUCAUGUACCUCUCCUAGUAACAGGAGAUCCAAACAACCCACCCACUCUUACCCCAGUCUGGAAUGACCCAGGAACACAGAUUGGAAAGGUGUCAGUUCCCCAGCCUCCACACCAGCUUCCAGGAAGUCCACCAGGAACCUACAAAGGUGACGUCACAGUGACAAGUACGACAGUGGGAAGCCAUACUUCAUGUGUUCAAACUGCUGCCGUGACAGGAAACACUGCACAGACUGUGUGUUUUAAUGUGAACGUGAUUGGUUCGCUUCCACCUGGAAGCACUGCAACGUCUUCUGGACAACAGAUUGUAGAACCCACUCUUCCCGAUGGGUCGGUGGUCAAAUGCUCAAAAGGCAAAUCCUGUCAUAUCCUCAUCCAUACUGCUCCUAAAGGAUCACAGUGCGAUCCCAGAGUCGCCGAGAAACGAAAAAUUUCUGGUGGUAUCAAUGUGUUCGCCCCAGUAAAGGACACUGACGGGACGUGUGUAACGGACAUCAGACUCCCAUCAGACACUGUAGGCAAUCAACAUAUUUGCUUCCAAGUAGCACCAAACACUAUUGGGGGAAAUACGGAGUCUCGUUGCUACGAUUUACAUAUCGGACAGGACCCGUGUAUCACAUUGCCAUGUCCAACAACAGGAACAUGUAUUCCAGGAUCAGGUUUUCCAAAAUGCCAGUGUAAACCAGGAUAUAUAGGUCUAACAUGUAACACACAUGAUCUGUGUGCAUCAAAAACAUGUAACAACGGUGGUGUCUGCAUUAUACGAGACAGCAGUGCCUUCUGUCUGUGUCCCCCGGGUAAACAAGGGAGUGACUGUGCUGUUGAUGCCUCUACUCCUAUACCGGGAUCACCUUCCGGAACAAACACUGACCCCAGAUUCGUCGAUACAGUGCUACCAAAGAGAAUAUCAUGCACGGUUGGUGAAGAAUGUAAGAUUCAAGUACCCGUGGCAGGAUCAUCGGUGACAUCAAGUAAUGUUCAGUUUGGACAUCUGGACAAUGGAGUGACUCCUGGAUCCGCCACUGUUGACCCGUCUGUAGUUUCCACUGACCAACACCUAGCCACAUUUCCAUUCACACCGACUAGUGCUGGGGAUAAACGUGUUUGUCUGCAGACAAAAGAAACAUUACAAAAUGUGGACGAGAUGUGCUUUAUCGUGGAUGCCAAAUCGCCGCCUGCUGGGAUAACGACACAUCCUGAUAUUACAAAGCCGCAAUUUUCAUCUCCAUCGCUACCGGACAAUUCUGUUGUGGAAUGUAAGGCUGGUGCUACAUGUCAUAUUCACCUUUCGACAAAUCCUGGAGGUUCAGGAAACAACUGUCCUGAUAUAGUGCAAACCGUCAACGGACAGAUGCAUAAUGUCCACGUAUUCAAGACAACCCAAGCUGUCAGUGUAACAAACCCUGUAUGUCAAUCUACUGUAACCCUUGCGCCAACCAAUAGUCAGAUAGGAGACCAACAUAUCUGUUUGAAACCAACAACAAGCAGUAAACAAGGCAAAAGCAAAUGUUUUACUAUCAAGGUGACAGACCCAAACAAUGGUGCAUCAACAGGGGGGCCAUGUCAGUCUACCCAUUGUCAUAACGGAGGAACAUGCGAGAUUGACUUCACAAGAUCCACGCCUACAGCAAAAUGUGUUUGUACGGCUGGCUUCCAAGGGCCGACCUGUGAUGCUGGAAUUGCCUGCGGUAGCACGAACUGUCAAAAUGGUGGAGUAUGUGUCGUACAAAAUAGCCAACCUGUUUGUGUGUGUCCUCCAGGAAAAAUCGGAACACUAUGCGCCAAUGACGGAUCAACCCCUAUUGCGGGAUCCCCUUCGGUACCCUCGGGGGUCCCCAUUUUUGUUGAUACAGCGUUACUGAAAUCAAUCACUUGUGUUAUCAAUCAACCGUGUGCUAUACCGCUUCCUGUUACAGGUUCUGCCAUCACACCAUCUGAUUUGCAGUUUGGUCAAGUUGACACUGGUAUCUCAACGGGACCAAUAUCUGUUGGCCAGACACUCGGUAAUCAAAACAUGGCAAGCUUCGUGGUCACUCCGACAAUGUCAGGAAAAAAACAUGUCUGCAUGCAAACAAAGACGACAACAUCAAAUGUAGAUGAGGUGUGCGUGGAAGUGAAUGCUGUAUCGCCUCCCUCGUUGGGUAGUCUUCCGCCGGGCCCAAGUUCCAGUAAGCCCCAGUUUACGUCGCCGUCUAUACCGGACAAUUCUAUUGUUGAAUGCAAAGCCGGAUCUACGUGUUACAUCCACCUGAAAACAACCCCUGGGACCACUGUCAAUACUUGUCCUGAUGUCAUUCAAACAAAUGGGGUGAAUCGCAUGCAGAAUCUCGUGGUGAUUCCCUCCAGUAGUGGUGGCUCUUCAUCGUCUACCUGUUCAUCGACAGUCGCAAUUAAACCUACAAAUAGCCAGCACGGAAAUCAUCAUGUGUGCUUGUCACCCACACAGCUAAGUGGUACGGGAAUGAAAAAAUGUAUUUCUGUUCACGUCACAGACUCAACUGAUUCGACAACAGGUGGACCUUGUCAGGCGUUUCACUGCCAAAACAGUGGUCAUUGUGUCGCUGUUAUGACUUCCUCCCCACCACAGGCUCACUGUAAUUGUACAGGAACAUUUACCGGACCAACAUGCGUUGUAUCAACUAACCCCGUUUUAGCUGGUCCUUGUAAUAGCAAGCACUGUCUCGGAGGUGGAGUUUGCAUCGUCAAAAAUGGUCUAGCAGCAUGUCUGUGCCCUUCGGGGAAAAUGGGCGAUCUAUGCGAACAUGACGGAUCAACAACAAUACAUGGAUCUCCUACAGUGUCACCGACUGACCCAGUGUUCGUAGAUACCGCGUUACCGAAGACUUUGAAAUGUUUUGUUGGGAAACAAUGCACCAUAGCAUUACCCGUGUCAGGAACUGGAGUAACGACAUCCGACACGACUUUUGGUUUGGUCGACCCUGGUAUUACACAAGGACAAGUGACAGUACAUCCAUUAUCAGGCAGUUCUAGUUUAUUACAUAUCCCAGUGACGCCCACUCAGGCCGGAAACAAACAUGUUUGCAUACAAACAAAAACAGCUACAUCAAAUAUCGACGAAGUAUGCUUCAACGUAAAUGCACUGCAGCCACCAGCAGGAACCAUGCCAGCACCACCAGAUAUAAAUAAGCCUCAAUUUACGUCACCAACCUUGCCAGACAGCUCUGUAGUUGAAUGUGAAGUCCACUCCCCAUGCCAUAUUCACCUAGCAACAACUCCAGGAACUUCAGACAAUUCUUGUCCCGGCGUUGAACAGACAGGACUGACACAAAUGAAGAAUCUAGCAGCGUUCUAUCAAAAUUCAACGACAAGUUCAAGUAUCACGUGUAAUACAGACGUCACCAUAUCACCAACCAAUAGUGAAACAGGAGAUAAUCACGUGUGCCUAACGCCCACCAAAGCGAGUGGUGAGCAGGGGAAACCGAGGUGUAUCACAGUGCAUGUUGUAGUUCCACACUCUGCUUCAGCAGGUGGCCCUUGCCAAAAUUUACACUGCCAGAAUAAUGGAAAAUGUAUUGCGACUUCCACUGUUAUGCCGUCCAGUGCGCUCUGUACAUGUGCGGCUGGAUUUAACGGUCCCACCUGUGGCACUUCAUUGACCGCAGUUGAUCCAUGUACUUUAUCGCCCUUGGUUUGUCAAAACGGAGGUGUUUGUAAAAACAAAAAUGGAAAGGCUUUCUGCUUAUGUCCGCCAGGAUGGACGGGGAGAAAUUGCCAAACAGAUUCAUCUCCUCCGGUUAAUGGCGUCAGCGGAUUACGGCCGGACCCAGCUUUCAUAGAUACAGCUAUUCCGACGAAAGUGGAAUGCCCCGUUGGGCAAGCGUGUACCAUUCCCUUACUUCUGAAAGGUUCAGGUGUCACAUCGUCGGACUUAAAGUUUGGUCACGUUGAUAGCGGUAUUACUCCCGGAACUGUGUCUGUGGAUCCAACAUCUGGUACUGAAAACCUAGUCCAAGUCCAUGUCGCACCCACCACUGUAGGAGAAAAGCGUGUGUGUGUCCAGACCAAGAGACCUAACUCCAUCACAAAAGGCAGCGAAGCGUGUUUUAUAAUAAAGGCUACACAGAAUAGCGGUGGUGUUGGACCAGUUCCUCCUCCUGAUCACAGUAAGCCACAAUUCACACCGUCAACCCUACCGGAUCAUUCGAUAAUACAGUGUCAGGCGGGAUCCACCUGUCACAUUUAUAUCGGGACACAUCCAAGCGGAACUGACCAUACAUGCCCCAGUGUCGUUCAAUCUGGUGUAACACACAUGCAGAAUACACAUUCAUUUCCACUGACUACUUCACCAUCGCCUGGUAAUAUCUGCCACUCCGUCAUGUCAUUCGCACCUGCGGCCGGACCAGAGGAAAAUAGAGUGGUGUGCUUCACGCCUACACAGGCUAAUGGUCUCCAUGGACAAGAAAAAUGCCUAAAUAUCGUUGUUAAGCCAGAAAACUGCGGUGCUCCGAUCACAGAUAUGAACACAGCGAGAGAGGCGACGAAAAUGGGGCGUACGACAUGUAAGUGUACGUUGACCAGUGGAAAAGAGGUGGUUGUCAUCAACAAACGGCCCAAAGCCACUACAAUUCAGCUCCUCAAGGCGGCUGGUAUCGGUGCCGGAAGUGUCAGUGGCGCCAUCGCCAUAGCAACAAUUAUAUACAUGAUCGUCGGUAAAAUUAAGGAUGCCAGUCUCUCGAAGCCAGGUCUAGGCGGCAAUAAAACUCAUUCCGAUAAAACGAUACCACAGGCUUCUAGAUCACGCCCGCUUCCCCGACAACGUCGAUAAUGACAAACUCGUAUGCUAUAGAUGACCAAUACAACAAACUUUGUUGUAGUUAAUUUAUUUCCUAGAUUUUCUCCGACAAAUGACAUUGUAAAAAUGAUUGUUUGCCAUGAAACCGUCCCCCAAUAAAGUGUGU